AUGUUUGGGUUUUGCGUUAUUGUGCCCGCAUGGCCUGUGCUUAAAUUUUUAUUUUAUCAAGCUAUUUAGUUGAUUUUUCUGACAUGUCUCUUUAAAUUUAAAUACUAGAUCUCAUCCUUGAAGACACUCUCUUUGAUUUUGACGUGCGUCACCCUCAAUUGCAGUGGAUAUUGGACAAUGUAAGCCGUCUCCAACAUCAAGGAUAUUUGUCAUGCUGUCUGAGGUUAGAAUAGAGGCUGGAGAUCGUAGUAGAGAUUCAUAACUGCACCUGGAUUUUCUCUGUGAGGGAUUGAGAAAGGCAGAUUCCAAUAAAGUUUCUAUACGGCUGUACAUUUUUCUACACAAAUCAUGACAGCACUAGGGAGAGUGAAGCAAUGGAAUACAUUUGCUCGAACGUGGCAUUUAUUUGAUGCAAAAUGGCAAAACCCAAUCGAAUCAGGUCCAACUGUUGCAAAAUAUCUGCAAGGCCUCCACAAACCGAUUUUCCAUCCAAUGAGUGAAUGUGGAGACCAUGUUGUCGUUAUUAACACUAAAGACAUCGCUUUACCCGGUGAUGAAUGGCGGCUGCGAGUAUACUUCCAUCACACUGGUUAUCCAGGAGGUGCUUCAUGGACAAAAGCAUGGGAACUUCACGAUAAGGACCCUACCAUGGUUAUGAAAAAAGCUGUUUACAUUGCGAUGGACGGUACUUUGCAAAGGCGGUACAACAUGUUGAGAUUGCAUUUAUUCGCAGAUGAGCGAGUGCCUGAUGAGAUAAUGCAGAAUGUAACAAAUCAGAUCAAGCCCUUACGGUAUGUCCCACCAAGCCUGUAUGACUACUCUGAGGAAGAAAUUGAGAAAUUCCCCAAAAUUGUUGAUUAUCCUCAUGACUAUGUUAUCCGAUAAUUAUUGGAAAUCCUCGCUUUGUAGUCUUGUUUGUUUUCAUGUUUCAGGUUAAGUGUAAAUAUUGUAAGGUGUUCUUUUAUUUGUUCUCAGAACAACUUGUUACAAGUCUGGUGAUUUGUUGCCUCACUAAAAGUAAAAUUUUUCUCUUCUCAAA